CCGAGCAGCCGGGCAGUCGCCUUCCCCCCGCGCCGGUCCCCGCGCCCGGGCCGGGGCUAGGCCCCCCACCGCCGGGUCCCCCGGGGCUGCAGCAGCAGCGGCGGCGGCGGCGGCGGCGCCACCCGCGGUUCCCGCCGGGGCCCGGGCGCCGGCCCCGCUCUGCAGGAUGGGCACGGUGCUGUCGCUGUCCCCCGCCUCCUCGGCCAAGGGCCGGAGGCCCGGCGGACUGCCGGAGGAGAAGAAGAAGGCGCCGCCCGCGGGGGACGAGGCGCUGGGGGGCUACGGGGCGCCGGCCGGAGGCAAGGGCGGCAAAGGCGAGAGCCGGCUCAAACGGCCGUCCGUGCUCAUCUCGGCGCUCACCUGGAAGCGCCUGGUGGCCGCGUCGGCCAAGAAGAAGAAAGGCAGCAAGAAGGUGACGCCCAAGCCGGCGUCCACGGGCCCCGACCCCCUGGUGCAGCAGCGCAACCGCGAGAACCUUCUCCGCAAGGGCCGAGACCCCCCCGACGGCGGCGGCGGCGGCGCAGCCAAGCCCCUCGCCGUGCCGGUGCCCACCGUGCCCGCCGCCGCGGGCGCGGGCGAGCCGCCGUCGGGGGGCAGCGGGGCCGCCCCGGCGCCGGGCUCGGGCGGGGGCAAGCCGCCGCCGCCGCCGCCGCCGCCCCUCGCCCCGCAGGCCGCGCCGCCCGCGCCCGGCGGCACGCCGCGCCGGGUCAUCGUGCAGGCGUCCACGGGCGAGCUGCUGCGCUGCCUGGGCGACUUCGUGUGCCGACGCUGCUACCGCCUCAAGGAGCUGAGCCCCGGCGAGCUGGUGGGCUGGUUCCGCGGCGUGGACCGCUCGCUGCUGCUGCAGGGCUGGCAAGACCAGGCCUUCAUCACGCCCGCCAACCUGGUGUUCGUGUACCUGCUGUGCCGCGAGUCGCUGCGCGGGGACGAGCUGGCGUCGGCCGCCGAGCUGCAGGCUGCCUUCCUCACCUGCCUCUACCUCGCCUACUCCUACAUGGGCAACGAGAUCUCCUACCCUCUCAAGCCCUUCCUCGUGGAGCCCGACAAGGAGCGCUUCUGGCAGCGCUGCCUGCGCCUCAUUCAGCGGCUCAGCCCGCAGAUGCUGCGGCUCAACGCCGACCCGCACUUCUUCACGCAGGUCUUCCAAGACCUCAAGAACGAGGGCGAGGCCGCCGCCGCCGGGGGUCCCCCAGGCGGGGGCGCGCCCGUGGCCCCCGCUGCCGCUGCCGCCGCCGCCUCCUCCUCCUCCUCCUCGGCCGCCAGGGACAGCUGCGCGACCGGGGCCAAGCACUGGACUAUGAACCUGGACCGCUAGAGAGAGCCGAGGGCCGCGCCCGCACCCCCCGCCCCGGCCCGAGGGGGGCCCGCCUGCGCCCCGCCGGGGAAGGGGGAGGCCAGAAGCCGCGCGUUUGCCCGGGCGUAGCGCGGUGGUAGUGGGGGGUGGAGGGGUCUGAGUGCCGGAAGAGGGGGCCCACCCCCUACAGCCUCACCCCUUCUGUCUGUCAGCGCCCCCGUUUCUCCAGUUGUGUCCGGGGCCUCCUCGUUCCCUUCAGGGUGUGUCUGUAAAUCCGUGUACCCUAGGUCUGUCCACUUCCUCACCUCCUUCCUGGGCCUCCGGCCUCCCCAUUUCCCCGCUCCCAGGGUGCGUUCUGCCUCUCGACCCUCCCCCCCACCUGGCUCUUCUUCCUGGCCUCCCUUUUCUUGCUGCCCCCCGUGUCCCCCUUUCUCCUGCCCUGCGCCCCCUUUUCCCCCUCCGCCUAAGUUAGCUUGCGAUUCUUCCCCCACCUCCACCCCCGUGCCCCCCCAAACCCCCUACCCAGACCAAAGGGAACUGAAGUUCUGAAUUUGGACGGACUGAGGGUGCAGCCAGAAACUGCAGCCUCCUCCUUCCCCCCCAAGAGCCUCGACCACCCCCAGGACGAUCCUUCGCCGCCCCCAACCCCCACCCUUACCUUUUCCAACGUGUUGCAUGCCGGGAGUUGGGGGAGGGGUGCCGGUAUCAGGAGGUUGAAGUUUGGAAGCAAAAUCAACCUGGAAAGCCACCCCCGGCGGCGGCGGCGGCGGCGGCGCCCCCUCGGAAGGGUGGAAAGGGACCGAGAACUCUUUCAUUCAGGGAGAGGAGCACCCCUCUUCCUUAUCCUUAGGUGUUUAUUUUUUUAAAGUUUUGGUUCGUCCGUUUGUCUCCCCCCACUUUUAAUUUAUUCGGUUGUUUCCAAAGGGAGGGGGGAGGGGAGGGUUGGGCCGGGAGCUGUCUGAGGUGCUGAUCUGAGUCCGGACCGGAGUCUUCCCGGGAGGGUACCAGGGACUGGGUUGGGUCUGGUGCCGCGUCUAAGGUGCCAACGAUGCGGGCCGACAGCGCGGGCCGCACUGUCUGUUUGUCCGUCUGUCCCGGAGAGAACUAUAAAGCGCUGCACGCGCCUGCACAUG